ACUUGUUAAGGAAUUGGUUAAUUUUGGCAGUUGUUCUUUUACUCAUAUCCCAUGUAUAUGUAUUUAAUUUCAGAGGUCGCAGCAGUGGCAAAGGACCGCCUCAGCCUAUGAUUUCUUUCGAUGGCAUCUAUGCAAACAUGAGAAUGGUUCACAUACUUACUUCAGUUGUUGGAUCCAAAUGUGAAGUACAGGUGAAAAAUGGUGGUAUAUAUGAAGGAGUUUUUAAAACCUACAGUCCUAAGUGUGAUUUAGUGCUUGAUGCUGCUCAUCGGAAGACUGCAGAAUCCAGUUUGGGGCCAAAACGUGAAGACAUACUAGAGAGUAUCUUGUUCAAGUCUUCAGAUUUUGUUAUGGUGCAUUUUAAGGAUAUGGAUACCAAUUAUGCGAGAAGAGAUGCUUUUACUGAUUCAGCCAUCAGUGCUAAAGUAAAUGGUGAACACAAGGAAAAGGAUCUUGAACCAUGGGAUGGAGGAGAGACCACCGCUACUGAGGAGCUUGAGGCAUUAGAGACAGAUGUUUCUAAUGGAUGGGAUCCCAAUGACAUGUUUCGUUACAAUGAAGAAAAUUAUGGUGUAGUAUCCACUUACGACAGCAGUUUAUCUUCUUAUACGGUGCCAUUAGAAAGAGAUAAUUCAGAAGAGUUUUUAAAACGGGAAGCCAGAGCAACUCAAUUAGCAGAGGAAAUUGAAUCAAGUGCCCAAUACAAAGCUCGGGUUGCCUUGGAAAAUGAUGAAAGAACAGAAGAAGAAAAAUACACUGCUGUUCAGAGAAAUGCUAAUGAACGAGAAGGACAUGGUGUGAACACUAGAGAAAAUAAAUACAUUCCACCUGGACAGAGGAAUAGAGAUGUCCUGUCCUGGGGAAGUGGAAGACAAAACUCACCAAGGAUGGGCCAGUCUGGAUCAGGCCCACCAAUUUCAAGGUCUGGAUCCCAUACUUCAGAAUUCAGUCCUAACUCUGGAGCAGAUCAGAGAGUAGUUAACGGAGGUGUUCCCUGGCCAUCGCCUUGCCCAUCUCCUUCCUCUCGCCCACCUUCUCGCUACCAGUCAGGUCCCAACUCUCUUCCACCUCGGGCAGCCACCCCUACACGGCCGCCCUCCAGGCCCCCCUCGCGGCCCUCCAGGCCCCCGUCUCACCCCUCUGCUCAUGGUUCUCCAGCUCCUGUCUCUACUAUGCCUAAACGCAUGUCUUCAGAAGGGCCUCCACGGAUGUCUCCUAAGGCACAACGGCACCCUCGAGGUCACAGAGUCUCUACUGGUAGGGGUACAAUUUCAAGUGGCUUAGAAUUUGUAUCUCAUAAUGCACCAGGGGAAGCAUCUACUACUGCAGUGGCACGAGGCAGCCCUUCAGGUGGGACGUGGUCAUCAGUUGUCAGUGGGGUUCCAAGAUUAUCUCCUAAAACACACAGGCCUAGGUCUCCGAGGCAGAGCAGCACUCCCACGGGACCAGCUCUGCCUUCUCCUCAGCCUGGUACUAUUCCCACUGAAUCUGUUGCCAUGCCUGUUCCAGCUGCCUCUCCUACACCUGCCAGCCCUGCAUCCAACAGAGCAGUUACCCCUUCCAGUGAAGCUAAAGAUACUAGGCUUCAGGACCAGAGGCAAAAUUCUGCAGCUGGAAACAAGGAGAAUAUAAAGCCAAGUGAGACUUCUCCUAGUUUUCCUAAAACUGAAAGCAAAGGUGUAUCUCCAAUUGUUUCAGAACAUAGAAAACAGAUUGAUGAUUUAAAGAAAUUUAAGAAUGACUUUAGGUUACAGUCAAGUUCCUCUUCAGAUGCAGUGGAUCAGCUGCUAAACAAAACCCGAGAAGGUGAAAAAUCAAGAGAUGUAGUUAAAGAAAAGACAGACUCAACCCCUAAAGAAUCUAUCAUAGAAACUGGCAGUAAUACUAACUCUAAUGGUGGCAGUAGCAAACCUAAUAGUCCAAGUAUUUCUCCUUCGAUAAGUAAUAGUUCUGAGCAAAAACGAGGGCCUGAGGUAACUUCACAAGGUGUACAGACAUCUGGGCCUGGAAGUAAACAAGAUAAAGAGGAUAAAGAGGAGAAGAAAGAUACUUCUGAGCAAGUUAGAAAAUCAACACUUAAUCCUAAUGCAAAAGAGUUCAACCCUCGAUCCUUUGCUCAACCGAAACCUUCUACUACACCAACCUCCCCUCGUCCGCAAGCUCAACCUAGCCCCUCCAUGGUGGGUCAUCAGCAGCCAACCCCAGUGUACACUCAGCCUGUUUGUUUUGCACCAAAUAUGAUGUACCCAGUUCCAGUGAGUCCGGGCGUGCAGCCUUUGUAUCCUAUUCCCAUGACGCCCAUGCCAGUGAACCAAGCCAAGACAUAUAGAGCAGGUAAAGUACCAAAUAUGCCACAGCAACGGCAAGACCAACAUCAUCAGAGCACCAUGAUGCACCCUGCCUCAGCAGCAGGCCCUCCAAUUGUAGCUACGCCACCUGCUUAUUCAACACAAUAUGUUGCAUAUAGUCCCCAACAGUUUCCUAAUCAGCCUCUUGUGCAGCAUGUGCCACACUACCAAUCUCAGCAUCCUCAUGUUUAUAGCCCUGUAAUACAGGGCAACGCUAGAAUGAUGGCACCACCAACACAUGCACAGCCUGGUUUAGUAUCUUCUUCUGCAACACAGUAUGGUGCGCAUGAACAGACGCAUGCUAUGUAUGUUUCCACUGGCUCACUUGCUCAGCAGUAUGCCCACCCUAAUGCUACCCUGCAUCCGCAUCCUCCGCAUCCUCAGCCUUCUGCCACACCAACUGGCCAGCAGCAAAGCCAACAUGCUGGAAGCCACCCUGCUCCUAGCCCCGUGCAGCAUCAUCAGCACCAGGCUGCUCAGGCACUCCACCUGGCAAACCCACAACAGCAGUCGGCAAUUUACCACGCAGGUCUAGCUCCAACCCCACCUUCCAUGACGCCAGGCUCCAAUACGCAGUCUCCACAAAAUAGUUUUCCUACAGCACAACAAACAGUCUUCACCAUUCAUCCCUCCCAUGUUCAACCUGCAUAUACCAAUCCGCCACACAUGGCCCAUGUCCCCCAGGCUCAUGUACAGUCAGGAAUGGUUCCUUCUCACCCAACUGCCCAUGCUCCAAUGAUGCUAAUGACGACACAGCCACCUGGUGGUCCCCAAGCCGCCAUCGCUCAAAGUGCACUACAGCCCAUUCCAGUCUCGACAACAACACAUUUCCCCUAUAUGACGCACCCUUCAGGUGAGGAGUGUGUGCCCGGGAGACCUGCACCUUAACUGAGCCAGGUCGUAGCGGUGAGGAGAACUGUAAUGAACCAGAGUUGGGGAAAAAGAACAACAAAAGAAAAACCAAACCCAAAAACCUUAAGAUGUCCUUGUAGAGCGGCAGGCUGAAGGCAGACUGUUUCUGCGUUUAGCAUUUACACUUUGCCAGCCCGAAUGCGAGCCUAGAUAAGCGUACGAGAUUUAGCUAAUUUAGCAAAGACUUUGCUUCUCUCUCGCUGAAGUAGAGAAACGGAUAACUGCAGGCACUGGCACUGCGGGACUGUGUUCUUCCAGGGUUUGCCGUGGUUUUGCCGUGGGGGAUGGACUGUCUGUGUAGCCUGUUUAUAAUGAUCUGGGGGUUUAUUAAAUUUAAAGUGAUCGCUGGUGAGGAUAGGAGUGAAAAUGGUGCUAGGGGGUAGGGCUGUUAGACUUCUAAUGACUGAAGUAAAGUGACAGCUGAAGUCUAAUCUUUAAUUCAGAGUAACGUUCUGCAGCUUUACUUUUGGAGAAAAGUAGGUGCUGUAUGACUUCUUUCUGCUUUAAAUUUAACUUUACCUAGGUUUCUUUAUUGUUACUCGUUUCCAAACAGCCUCUAAACUUUGGUAGUGACCUAGAUACCUGAUUUUGUUUCUUGGGGAAUGUGUGAACAGAACAAGGCUGCUUUCUAAGGGUUUGGUAGGGAAAAAAAA